UCUGCGCUCUGGCACUAAUUCGUCUGGAAAUGGGGGCACAUGUUAAAAGGGUUCCCUUCUCCUGGAUGCUUGAUAAGAGCACAGCGAUGCGCGCGGAGCCUUUCACAAGCAGCUCACCCCGGGUUCGUCUGCUUUUAACUUUCUCGCAGCAGUGACGUCUAGAUUGCGCGGGGGAUUAAAGAUUAGGGUCUGGAACAGCGGGCAGUCAUUGCAUAAUUAACUCCACGCAGAGGAAUCGAGUUAUUCCUCAGUCGCGCUGGAUACACUCGACAAAGUGGCACAACGUGGGCGGCGCGUUGUGGGGACGCUGUGCACCACCGCGGCGGCUCCGCGCAGGAGUCAGAAGCUGGAUGGGAAGCCGGGCGGACGUUAGGCUGUAGCUCGGGGAAACCUGCCGAGCAAACCAUGCGUGGAAAAGGAGUUUUAGUUCGUGGGCAGCUUUAAAGGUGCGAUAUUGUUUGUCGGAAGGUGCGCGCGUCUCCAGUCUGGAUUCCGGUCCUAUUCACGGAGGCAGCGAGUUGAUUUCACGGGAAACCGACCCUACCAGAGAGGUGAAAGGCUGCUACACCCCAGCUCCGCAGCUCCUCAUUAAAUGAUCCUGACAGUGUCUAACCUCUGACAUUACCCGGACAUCUACACCCGGCCACGCGGUUGUAUGUUUUUUUUUUUUUUCUGGGUACAGUUCAGUCAGCACCAUCAGAAAACUGCGCUGCUGGGUCUUUUUCCACUCUCAGUCACAGGGAUAAAAUACUUCAGUGAAGUAACAAGAAGACAUUUAGUUCCACACAUGGAAAUUAUGUGAAAAAUAAAAGGCCUGGAAAUGCGUCGCAAAUGCUUUUAUCUGCUGGAGGUGUGUGCCAUCAUGAGCCUCCUGCCCUCAGCUUCGUUAGCAGAUCUGACAUGUGAAGCUCUGCUCAUGCUGUCGGGGAACGUCUCGUUGCAGUCCCUGGCCGCCACCUGGAACCAAACCCUGAGUAACGCCACAAGCCAGUGGAGCGGCUCAGGAAUCUACUGUGAAACCUCCAUCGAUGGGAUCGGCACCUGCUGGCCCAGGAGCAGCGCGGGGCAGCUGGUGGCGCGACCCUGUCCUGAGAUGUUUUACGGCGUCCGGUACAACACCACCAAUAAUGUUUAUAGGAGAUGUCUUGCAAAUGGGACAUGGGCGUUGAAGGGGAACUACUCCAUGUGUAAGGCCAUACUUCACGAGGAGAAAAAAAGCAAGAUGCACUACCAAAUAGCCGUGAUCAUAAACUUCCUGGGUCACUGCAUCUCCAUGGUGGCGCUGCUCAUAGCCUUCUUCCUCUUCUUGUGUUUGAGGAGCAUCCGCUGCCUGAGAAACAUCAUCCACUGGAACCUCAUAACCGCCUUCAUCCUGAGGAACGCCACCUGGUUCAUCGUCCAAAUGACCAUGAGCCCCGAGGUGCACGAGAGCAACGUGAUAUGGUGUCGCCUUGUGACCGCCUCCUUCAACUAUUUCCACUCCACCAACUUCUUUUGGAUGUUUGGAGAGGGCUGCUACCUCCACACCGCCAUCGUCCUCACCUACUCCACCGACAAGCUCCGCAAGUGGAUGUUCAUCUGCAUCGGCUGGUGUAUACCAUUCCCGAUAAUCGUGGCGUGGGCCAUCGGGAAGCUCUACUACGACAAUGAGAAGUGCUGGUUUGGGAAGCGAGCUGGCGUGUACACCGACUACAUCUAUCAAGGUCCCAUGAUUCUGGUUUUAGUGAUCAAUUUCAUUUUCCUCUUCAACAUCGUGCGAAUCCUGAUGACCAAACUGCGAGCCUCUACGACAUCAGAGACGAUCCAGUACAGGAAAGCCGUGAAGGCCACGCUCGUCCUUCUCCCCCUCCUGGGAAUCACCUAUAUGCUGUUUUUUGUCAACCCAGGGGAAGAUGAGAUCUCUCAAAUCGUCUUCAUCUACUUCAACUCCUUCUUGGAAUCCUUCCAGGGCUUCUUUGUGUCAGUAUUUUACUGCUUCCUAAACAGCGAGGUGCGCUCAGCCGUGAGGAAGCGCUUCCACCGAUGGCAGGAGCAGCACUCGAUCCGAGCCAGGAUGACCCAGGCCAUGUCCAUCCCCACUUCACCUUCACGGGUCAGCUUUCACAGCAUCAAGCAGUCCACGUCGCUAUGAAAGAGGAAACCAGCUUCGUCCUACAUGCGCGCGCUUUGGGAGAAACCUCCAGCUGUCAUUGUCAUCCUUUUCUGCCACAUCACUGGAGUAACACUAAAACACUUUCUGCGGCUAGAGAUCUAGAGAGAGGCUGCAUCAGUCUCCUAAACCUCAGGAGGGACAUUACACAGACUUUCAGGAGAAAAUGGAUGGGUACGGGCGGGAGAGGACAUUGCAGUGUUUGUGAAAAUGGGAGGUUAGUGGAUCAAAAAGAUGCACGUGACCAAGCUGAUGAGUGUGUACUGGAGUUUGAAUGUACAGCACUUGUUUAAUUGUCUGUCGUUUCCCCGCUGGCACUUUGUUUUUGCUAACAUUGCCAUCACGAUUGAGGAUUUAUGCUCCUGGACUGCACCGAGCUGGAUUCCAUCUCAGCGGAGUCAUGUGCUAACAGGGGCCAGUGACUAAGUCGUUGUUUAUCCUGAGAUUUUAUUUUAAGUUUUUAUUUUUCUCUCAAGCAGCUGUCUGGUUCUGGUGUUUGUUUAUUUGAUGUUGUGCUUUCUUCCUCUGUUCUCAGCUCGGUGCGCUCGUGCUGCUUUCAUCGACUUUCCAGGAAGGUUAAACACAUUCCAUAAUUCCUACCUGAAGAGUUUUGUUCCAGAAAAAACAGACACAUUUACAGCUUUUACGGCUUUGAGUAACCUCCAAGUGACCCACUGGGGACAUUUAUGACCCUACAUGUAUAUUUCUGUGACAACUUUAAUUGUUUUCUGUAAGAAGUGGCCCACUGGGAUGGCAGUUUUUGUCUUCUGUUUACAUUUUCCACCUUUAAUCGCUGCAUUGUGACAGUAACAGACUAAGAGCGGCGUGAUUUAGUGCUGCAGAAGCCCAACGUGGCAAUGAAAACAGCUCAGCUGAUGGAGAAAAUUGAGGUUAACUCCCAUAAUUUCUUACCUCUUAACACUUUAGAAUAUUGGUCAUAGAUAAAGGAAACGUAGUAUGAUAUUAUAAAGAUAUAAUCCAGCCUUUAAAACAAUUUAUUCCAGUAUAAAAUCUAAUGGGGUCAUAAAUGACCCUCCUCAGUCACUUUAGUGGCUAAAGUAGCUCAGCUACCUGAGGUUUAAGGUCAGUGUCAGUUAGUCUCACAUCAUUCGUCUCCUUUCUCAGCUCAGGUGACGUGUUAGUCGAGCACAAAGAGUGAAAGUGGAGGAAAUAGCCUUUUACUCCAGAAUAAUUACGUGGCAUAACUCUCGCUUAAAGCACAAGCUAUCAUGUUUAUGUUUCUAUUGAUGUACAGAUUAAACAGGCGGGUGGAUACGCAAUAAUUAGGGCGGUUUAGAGUGGCUGUGGUUGAGGUGAUGGAGGUAUGUCCACUAACUGAAUUUAAAAUCCUCCUCCUCAAGUCCUGGAUGAUCAGGCCCCAUCAUAUCUUAAAGUCCUCUGAGCACUGCAUUAUCCCAAUAGAGCACUUCACGCUCAGUGAAAAGAACCUUGAGACGACUGUUUCUGUGAACUGGCGCUAUAUAGGAGGAUUUAAUCUAACUGAAUUAAUUGCAGGGUUAGCUGUCCAGCCUUCAGCUGCCCCUAUAAUAAAACCCUGGACUGAAAUGGCACGUGAUAAAAAUCUGCUGGAUAAGCGAAUUCCAUUCAGCUUCAUAAGUGCAUAUUUCUAUAUAUAGCUAGCCUUUGCCCCUUUGACUACAGCUGCUGUGCCAAGUAAGGCUAAUCACUUCCUGGCUCUAGCUCACAUUGGGGCAAAAUAUGAUCAGAACAUCCCUACAGACCAUUUCAAUCUGAUCCCAAACAGAGGAAAAUCAUCACUCAAGCAUCUCAAGGUGAUUGUCUGCUAUGACUGUGUGUGGUUAUCAAAUGCUGACACAACAUUUAGUUGGAAUUUUCUUUUAUUGUAACCUGUAACAAUGGUUUCUAUUCAGCUACAGAGACGUGUAGCCUUUCUCCUAAUUUAUCUUACUGAUAAUUCAUGGUGCCCGUCUCUGCGCCUGCAGAUCUGCCUCAGUAAUAAUUGGCAGAGGUUUUUUUGUGCCGAUUUGACCUACUUUGGCCUGAGAAGUUGGCUGCAUUCGGACCAUCUCUGAAUCACAUGUGAUGACCUGAAUUUGGCUACGAUGUAGAUCUGGUUCAGCUUCAGACUCAUUGGGACUCUUGGGUGUCUCUUUGGCUGUGAUUUUACUCCUGGCACACUGGUUUUGGACCAUCUUGAAGCCAGACCAGUUUGGAUACGUGUGUACUCAGAAAGUGCACACAUGGCAUAUUUUGUUGUCCAUACACACACACUCAGAGCAACGAUGCAUGUUUCUCACAUAUUCACAUCAUUUUAUCCAAACUAAAUUUACCUAGAAAGAAUAAACCUUUGUGGGCAGAAAAACAAUAUUAACAAUAUAAAGUUAAUGUGGCAACAUACAUUCAUUGGCAUUGGCUUUGUUUGGAAACAUAAGAAAGACGUUUGAACGUUUAAGCUAGGAACAUGGCUUUUUAAAAUUAACCCACUUUCAAAAGAUCAAAUGUUUAAUUAUUUAAUUGAGAAAUAAUAAGUAUAAUACCUGUGAAACUAUUUAUAUUUUCUCUCUGGCACUUACCUCUAGAAAAACACAAGUCUAAGCAUAAGAGAAGCAGCUACUAAAUGCUUCACUGUGUUCACCAACUCUGUUUGUUUACAGCUGAAAGAAACAGAAAAACCCAAAACUAUGACCCGAAAGUUGCUCAACAAGAGUUUUUCAGCGAUGUAGAACCCACAGGACCAGUGUGAGUGACAGUAUGUUUCACAUUAGUUUGACACACAAUACAUUUAAUUUGUGGCGCUUUAAAUCAAAUUAAGCGUAGUGUUAGUUCAGGUCAUGAAGUGAUUAACGUCUCUGCGGCAGCCCGCAUGGUUUUCUUUUACACAUCCUGUUGGUUAAACCUCUCAAAGCCCACAGUUUCACUCCUUCAGCCUGCAUGUAGUUGCUGUGAAUCUGCAAGCCACUUUGCAACCAAUCAAUUCUUCGGUUGGAAAGAUUCUGCCUUAGUGGUCCUUUUACUGCAGAGACUUUCACAAAGUAUAAAAACUGUGCAGUGAGAAUGAGUGGACCACAUGUUCAGCAGUUCCUUUAAUGCUUGUAAGUUAGUUAGUUGUAAUAUUUUUUACUUGUCAGGGACCAGGCACAAAAGGAUUGAACUCGUAUGAGAAAAGAUGCCUUAUACUGGAUUUUGCUACAAGUACUUUAAAUACACACAAUAUUAAACAAGCCUAUACUACAAAUGCAUAUAAGAACUACAAGAUAAUCAAAUGUACAAGCUUCUUCUUCUUUAGUGGAUCAUCUGCUUCCAUCUAACUUUUUCUGUAGCAUCCACCUCUGUCACAUGACCCCCCUCACAACACCCGUGAAUCUUUGCUGCGGUCUGUGCUGUUCGUCCUGCCUGGCAGCUGCCCUGUCCGGACUGCCUCAGCCUUGCCUCACUAAGUUCCCAUCCAAGCCACUCAAUCUGAUGUACUUAUUUCUAAUCCUUUUCAUGCUGGAUUCUUCUAAUGAUAAGUACAGUUUCCACCGGCACCCUGUUAGCCAACAGCAUCAGGGGUGGUCAUUUAUCCACCCUGGACCCCGACUUCUUAUGAGUCAUGUGUUUGAUUUGACUGUGAUUUUAUGCCCUUUCUGACGCAACCCACCACAUUUAUCUGGGCUUGGGACAGGGAGUACGCUGUGUUGUGCUUGGCAGCGGCAGCAACAGACAUAAAUGACCACAGAUAUGAUUUUAACUGAGUCGAAAAUAACAAGAAAGCUGUGAGAGAAGGUGGGUUGUAAAGCAGCUUUUACAUGUCCACUGUGCUAUGCUCAAAGUGUCACCCAUUUGAAAGCAAACCAAGUUAAAAUUAUCAGUCAGAAUUUAGUUUAUAAAAAAAAAGAAUAAUCUCUAUAGAAAGCAAAUGAAAUGAUCAAGUUUCACAAGUUUUAAUCAGACCCACGCCUCCUCCGACGGUCUUUGUGGAACAAAACUCUUCAGCUGAUCAAAGAGACUUAAUAGAUCGCCUCUCGACCAGCAAGCAAAGGGUUCCUCCAUUCAGGGUGGUGUUUAUACUCAUUCACACCUCGUGACUUUCUGUGGCGUUCGAUUGACUUGAACACUUGCAGUAACUGUAUUUACUGAUGACCUGUAAAUAUAUAAAUACCAGAGGUGAGUGUGAUGGGAGGGGGCUUUAAAAUCCACGAAUAGAAACCAAAAACACAAACCACACACUGUAAAUCAUAUGGGCACAUUUUCCAUGUGAUCGGCAACUCACAGUCCACAUUCCUAUGAUACCAGUAUGCCUAGCACCUGUGCAUUUUUAUGAGAAAAUUGUAUAUGAACCUUUUCUUUUUGUCACCCUAAUAUUAUGAUUAUUUUUUUUUACCCCUUGUAAGUGAUGUGUGAGCUCUGGUUGUGAUAAAAAAAAAAAAAGUCAAAUUAGUUUAAGUAAUUGAGUUUUACAUGAUGCUAAUCAUCACUUGUAACAGAGCAGCUGCUUUCAGCUUGAUUCCAGCCUUUUGUGGUGGAGAAAAUUAAAACGAAAGAAACGUGUAGUCGUCAUGCAAUUGUGCUAGGAAUUUUCAAAAUAAAAGUUUUACAUCAGCAGGAAUAAGAAACAUAGAAACCAUGCAAAGAGACUCUUCAUCGUUUUGUGGUACGUAUACGGUGGUCAAUGAAAAACCACAAUGUCAUUCAAAUUAUUAUUUAUUGUUAUUUAUUUUCAAUAUUGUUAUUUUCAUACUUGAAAAAAAAUGUCAAGCGAUAAUAAACUGUGUGUUGCAUUUGA